AUGGAUGGGCCACGGCAGCGCCACUUCGAGGACUUUGUCUACGCCCCUGCGGACAACCUUGGUGGCCAGCCGGACUUCAUGCAGCCUGAGCCCAAUCCACCUCGCGUUAAGGGCAUCGGCCAGACGCAAGCCUUCAGGCUGGACAGAGAUGACGGGUGGCGGUGCUUGUCGUGCCAUUCACCUUCCUUUGUCGCCUGUAAAGGCACCUGGCGGCGCGCCAUCUGCGACUUCCCCGAGUUCUACAACGUGAGCCAGCCCACUCGCCGGGCGGCGCCUGCGAGCCAGAACGAGGGUGAGCGUGGAGAGAGUGAAGCCAUCACAGAGCACAUCAUGAUCGCAAAGGACAACCUGACCCGCCUCUUGAACUACAGCAUCAGCAAGACCAUGCACUACCUACGACCAGUGCCUGGCAUCAAGUACCGCGGCGGACAACCUCCUGUCCCACCUGCCUGGCACUAUGACAAGAACGACAUCAACACGUUCAGCAAAUGGAAGCGGAAGGUCGACAUCUGGAUGCUCCAGGUGUGCAGCUACGUGCCUCGGAAGGAGGCCGGAAUCUUGCUGUUCAGCCCUCUGCGGGGCGAGUUGGAGGAGGAGCUCGAGCACAUGAGCGUCGAUGACAUCUUCCACCCGGAGGGAGUUCAGAACAUCAUGUCCGUCAUCCGACAGGCCGUUGAGGAGUCGAUGAGGUCCUACACCAACAGGUACCGACGGGUGGAGCGAGCCCUGGAAGCCAUCAACAUCAGGGUCACCGCCAUGUACGACGCCGAGGCCAGAGGCAGCAGGUUGCUCGACCGCAGCAAGCUGCCCCUGGAUGCCCAACGGAACGUGCUCAUCGGCACUGCUCAGAGCCUGGACUUCGACAAGGUCAAGGACGUUUUGCUGUUCCAGUACCCAGAACACCGUGCUCCAGCUCCUGUCUACGGUUCAGAUCGCCCACCGCAUCAAGCCGGGAAAGGAUCCGGAGGCAGCAAGGGACACUGCUUUAAGGGCAACCACAAGGGCAAGUCCAGCGACAAGGGGUACCACUCCAAGGAGCGCCCCGCCUACAAGGGCAAUCACAACAACAACCAGACCUGGGUGACCAAUGCGACGAUCGCCGAGGAGCAGCCCUACUCGCAGGACUACCAGGAACAGGACCACGACGAGACCUUUGACCCGCAGGCUGAGCCAGAGGUCUUUGAUGAGCCAGAGCAGGCCGAGGCGGAAGCAGACCAGGAUCAGGACGAUUUUGGGGACGAGACGGAUCCGGACAUCGCCGAGGUCCUCACCGUGACAGCGAAGCGCCUCAGCUCCAUCGUCAAAGCACGCGGCUUCAAGAAUGGCAACCGCUCCAUUGAGGAGCGCAAGAGGACGUCACACUGUGCGUCCUGUGGUGAGCAAGGUCAUUGGCAAGGAGACGAGGUUUGCAAGACCUCCGCUGGCUCCAAAGGAGGCUCCAAGGGAGGCAAGCCAUCGGACGGAAAUCAGUCCAAAGGCAAGAGGCCUGCGCGCAGCUUUAAAGAUGACGCGAAGGCUGCGCACACCGUGCGUUUUGUGGAUCACCAUUUUGGGUGCCAAGCAGAAGAUGAAGAUGACGGUGAACCCCAAGGCCCCUUCACGCCCCACCAGACCUUCAUGGUUUACACCACGCCAUCAAAGUUUGACGUGUUCUUGACGGAUGCCAGCAAACUUGCCGGGACCAAGCUCAAGCAGUUCGGCCUCGCUCCCAUCGAGAUCACAAGGCACGAGACGUUUGAGUUCGGGUCGGGCCAGCCGAUCGUGUCGGACACCCUCAUGUACCUCCCAUCACUGCUGGACAACCACAUGUGCCUCAUUGGAACCUGCAUUCUGCCAUCCAAGAUCCUUUGCUGGCAAGUAGGAUAUGAACGGAUGGGAACACUUCGUCGCGGCAUCGCGUUCCUCACGGUUGCCACCGCCUUCCUCAGCAACUGUCUUGGACAGUUCGUGGGCGGCGCCGACAUCAGCCCGACCACCUUUGGCGCUGACAGCUCCUCCGGCAUCCCGCACUACGACAUCGACGGCUGGGAGCCGAUCCAAGGACAUGUUGCACCCAGUUCAGCGCAGACAGUGGCGAGAGACUCAGUGGAGACUUAUAGGCCACUCACGCUGAUCGCUGCGAUGGAAUGCACCCACUGGAGCAUCUUCAACGAGAACCUCAACUACCGCGGCAAACACAGGUUGGAUGACCUCCAGCGAUUACGGCAACAACAAGAGCCACUCGUCGACUUCGCCAUCGACGGCGCCUUAUCUAGAAUCUGGGAGCUUCCCCGGAUGCAAGAGCUCGCAGCCCGCGAUGACGUCUUCAUUGUGCAAGGCCACUCGGGCGCCUACGGCGGCGUCAACAGCCAAGGCCUCAUGAUUAAGAAGACCUUCCAGUGGAUGACCAACAGUCGGGACAUCGCGGAUGCAGUCUCACGGAAGUUGGAUGAAACACAGCUCCAGUACUGCACACCACUUCAGGGAGCAGAUGUACGACAGAGCGCUGUCUACCCCGCCAACCUCGUGAAGGCAAUCCUCCGGGCCAUCAAGCAGGAGGCACAGCGAAGGACGCCAACUCGGUUUCUGGUGCCCAAGCAGGUAUUCCACCAAGAGCCUGUUCGGGACCCAGAGUCGUGGAGCGACGCUCUGGAAAAGGUAGUCCGGGUUUUCAACGCGACCCCGAUGAAGUCGCUGACCUUGCCAGAUGACGACCCGCUCUACCAGCAGAUCUGCCUUUUGGUCCCUUGGAAGAUCAUCAGGAUCCAGAUCACCAGAUGCCCAGUACAACGACGGCUACCACGAGACAUCAACUACAGCCACCGCGGCGCCCUCAUCCAGUACCAGGACGGGACAGUGCAGGUCGAGACAGAAGCUCUGGACGGUCUGCGCUACCCCAAGCAGAAGUUCAGUAAGGCAGCGGCCUACGGCAUCUUUUGGUUUGGCUUUGGAGAUCCAGAAGAUGCAGAAGCUUCGGCCGUGACGCGGAUGCGCCUCAACUUGGGGCACCCCACACAGAAGGAGCUCAUCCGCAUGCUCGCGUGGCAGGGAGCCAUCUCCGAGCACAUGAUCACGGCGAUCCGAAUCAACCACCCGGUGCUCGGGGUGAUUGAUCAGUCCACACUGCUACACCAAGCGGCACGACUACCAGACUUCCUUCCCGAGACCACCAAGGACAUCUUCAAAUGGUUGUGGUGCAAGCCCUACGGGUUCCCCUACAACCUGCGCAUCGACCAGGGUGGCAACUUCGGAGGUGCCUUUCGCACCUACAUGGAAGGUCACGGCGUCAUGUUGGACAUCAUACCAGCCGAGACGCGCUGGCGCAUCGGCCUCAUUGAGCGCCGCAACAGCAUCCUCAGAGACACUCUUGAGAGGGUGAUAGACAGUCAGGCCGUGACCGACACUCAGGGCUUCGAAGACGCUCUUGAUGCUUCGGUCCAUGCCAUGAACAGCUUCACCUACAGCCACGGGAGGCCCGCAUACAUGGCCGUGUUCGGGCAGAUUCCCCGCGUUCCUGGAGGGCUUCUUCAGGACAACCGCAGUUUGUGCUACAAGCCCGAACAGACCGACAACUUCACCCGGCCAGAAAUCCUUCGUGCAGAGGCCGUCAAGGCCCUUGCAGAGAUCAACGCUUCUGCUGCUUUGCGAAGAGCCUUGUUGAGGAAGACAGCAACCACCAUCCGCAGAGACCUUCUACCUGGACAACCUACCGCGUUUUGGCGGUGGCAGAACCCCAGAGGAAGAACUACGCGCAAACGCGGAGGAUGGACCAUGGCUCGCUUCCUUAGCUACGACCCCGACCUGAAGUCGGCUUGGGUUCACUCCGGAACUACGACCAUGCAGGUCGCAGUCGAACAAGUCAGGGCAGCCUGCGGCUUUGAGUCAUGGACUCCCGACAAGGGGGACAUCGACCUCCUUCACGACGCUGCCCGCAACAUCCGAGAAGAUAUGUGGGAGGACCAUCGAGCCGCUGGACAUGACCCGGAGGAGGACAGCUACGACUUUGAGUUCCCGACAGACACCAUCACGGGCACUACGUGCAGCACAAUCACAGCCACAGUCCCCUGCAGCCACACCACAUCAGAGACCACGAGCACCAUCCACGGGGAGGCAUCAUCGGGCGAUGAUGCACCACCACAGCAGAAAAUGCUCAACCGCAAGGAGGCCAAGGCCCUCGAGCGGGAGAUCCCUUGGCGGAAGAUCAUGAUGCUUCCCCUGGCAGACAUUGAGAUGUACAUCCAGUCUGCUCGCAAGGAGGAGCAGGGAUGGGAGAGCUGGGGAUCGGUGAUACCCCUCAGUGACCGCUCCUGCUUCAGGAACAAGAGCCGCGUUCCCGGCAAGCUGGUUGCCAAGACGCGGGUGGUGGCAUUGGGAGCAAACGGCAACGUGCAGAACUCCGGCAUCAAGUGGACGCUUUGGGCCGGAGACGUCUCCACGGCCUUUCAGGGACUUCCUGAUGCUGAUGAGCGGCCAGAUGACCUGUACCUCUUGCCGCCCCAGGACGAGAUCACUAGGAGAGCUGGAACCUUUCCGGCGCGCCUCUACAAGGUCAGCGGCAACAUCUACGGAUUGGCCAAUGCCCCUCGGACAUGGACCAGAGAGGUGACACGCCGAUUGCUGCAAGCAGACUUCAAGCAGCACGCCAUGGACAAGAUGCUUUUCUACAAGCACAUCGGCAACCGCCUGGCGUGCGUCGUCAUCGUCUACGUUGACGAUUUCCUCAUGACUCACUCUUCAGAGUUCAACCGGCAGGAGGUGAUCGACCUCUUCACCUGGGGAUCCCAGAAGGAACUUGGGAUCGACGCGCCCUUGGACUUCAAGAACAAGGAGAUCACGCUGAUCCCCAACGCCCAGGGCUACAAGGUGAAGGUUACGCUCAGGAAGUUCACCGACAACACGCCCUCGCCGUCGAAGCUUGGACGCCGCAAGCCGGAUGAACCACCCACAGCCUCUGAGAAGACCGAGGCCAAGUCCAUCAACGGAAGCCUUCAAUGGCUGAGCUCGCAAUGCAGGCCAGACCUUUCUGCCUGGACCAGCCUUAACUCACGGAACCUGCCUGUGCUCAACGAGGCGCUGGUCUAUGCCAAGAGCUCUCCGGAUGUCGGCCUCACCUUCAACAACGUGCCCAUCAACGAGAGCACCGUCAUCAUUGGGUACGCUGACUCCUCAUGGGCGAACGCUGAGCAGUGUGCAUCGCAGCAAGGGGUGAUCGUGAUGAUUACAUCCCCCAAGUGCGCAGAAGCCAACACACCAGCGACGAUCAUCGACUGGUGCUCCAACAAAUCAUCCCGGGUUUGCAAGAGCACCCUGGCAGCCGAAGCCUCGGCAUGCGUUAAGUCCGUGGACCGGGCCUACUUCGUCGGACUCACCUUCGGCGAGCUCUUGGAUGGAGUACCUGCACAUCGCGCUGUCCGCCACCUUCGGCAACUUCAGGUGACGGAUUGCAAGAGCCUCUACGACGCCAUCAAGGCCCAGAACCCGCGCACUUCUGAGAAGAGGACCUUCGUGGAUUUGAGGUCCAUUCAGGAGUACAUAGAUGUGCGUUCGAUCCGCUGGGUGCCCACUGAGCAUCAGCAUGCAGAUGCUCUCACAAAGUGCGAUAAGGCACUGAGGGCUUCGUUUUCGCAGUGGCUCAGCUGCCCAUAUGUGCAACUGACCGAAGGUCAGACACGGCGAAGCGCGCUGACAUCGUGCUGA